CGUCAUUUUCCAAGAUGGAGGUUCACAGAAUAAGAUCUGCUUCCGGCCGCUCAACUGGUCGAGAAGUCGAAGAAUGGAAGAUGGCAAGAGACUGGAUGCUUAAGGUGGAUAUUCUACUACCAAGUAAAGCAGCUGAUAUUAAUUCUACAUUAUUUGAUUUUGCACAAUCCCUUCGUGAUGGUGUCUUGUUGUGUCAACUGGCCAAUGCCCUCGAACCAGGAGCUGUCAAGGAUAUCAACACUAAAUCUCAAAUGUCUCAGUUCAUGUGUUUAAAGAACAUCCGGAGUUUCUUGAUGGCCUGUACUCAAAAUUUUUGUAUCACUAAUGAUGAUCUUUUCGAUGCAAUUGGGCUGUACGAUGUCUCUGACUUCGCAAAGGUUGUACACACAUUAUCCAAACUGUCCAAUACACCUCAGGCACUGAGCAGAAAAGUAGAGCCUUUUGCCCCCUCUCAUCUUGCUCACGAUAAUGUAGAAAUGCAUGAAGAAGAAGAUAUUUAUUCCAAUCUUGAAGAAAUUGCUUUGAGAAGAGACAUAACAGAUGAAGAAAAUCCUUAUGAUUCAGUGAAUAUAGAAGAAGAUGAUAAAAUAUAUGAAGAUCUUUUAUCAAUACAAAAUAUACCAAAACCAACAAGACAGUCAUCACAAGAGGAGAAAAGAAAAUAUGUCAUAUCUGAACUUUUAGAAACAGAAAAGGGAUACGUAGAAGCAUUGCGGAUGAUAGUAAUGACAUUUAUUUACAACCCUAAACUCAAAGUUAUGCUGCACCCUCAUGAUAAAGGAAUAAUAUUUAUCAAUAUAGAGGAACUUCAAACAAUACAUGUCAAGUUCUUAGCUAGAUUAGAAAGAGCUUGCAAUAAUGAAGUAGGAGCUAACAUUGGUAAAGUUUUUAUUGAUGCUAAAGAUGAUUUUUUAAAAUAUGGUAAUUAUUGUGCAAGAAUGCCAGAUGCUCAAACCCAUAUUGAUGAGUUGUCAAGGAGAGAUGCAAAAAUCAAAGAUACUUUAGAGGAUUGCCAAAGGAGAGCAAAAAGCAAAUUUUCAUUGAGGUCUUUGUUAGUAGUUCCAUUUCAGAGAGUACUCAAGUACCCACUGUUGAUACAGCAUCUACUGAAAGAAACCAAGGGAAAUCAUCCUGACAAAGCAAUGCUUGAGAAGGCUCAAGAGUGUAUUCAGGAUGUUGCUACUUUCAUUAAUCAAGUAAAACGUGAUGAUGAAAAUCAGAAAACUGUUAGGGACAUCCAAAAUAGCUUGACAAGUGAAGUGGGCGAAGACCUGGAGAAGUUUGGUAGAUUGAUGAAAGAUGGCGAAGUUCAAGUAAAAAUUGGUGAUCGACCUCCAAAGAAAAGACACGCAUUCUUGUUUGACAGAGCACUGAUCAUUUGUAAACACAAGGGAGACACAUACCACCACAAGGCAACACUUUUCUUGGAUUAUUUUGAAUUACAGGAAAAUUAUACUUUUGGUCCUGGAAGAGGAAAGUUUCUUCAUGGCUGGAGUAUGAAAGGGGAAACCCCAGAGUCAGAGAGGAAUUCAUGCUCCUUGUAUGCAAAGACAUUAGACAUGAAGGACAAAUGGGUUAAUGAAAUAAAGCGGGCAAUGGAUAACCUCAAACUACCUGGAAUAGAUCAAAGAAAACACAAGUUUGAUUUAUAUACUUUUGGAAAUGCAACUUACUGCAGUAUCUGUCAGAAACUUUUAUGGGGAUUAAUUCAUCAAGGAUACAAGUGCUCUAGAUGUGAUACAGCCUGCCACAAGGACUGUAUCACUAAAUGCAAUCCCUGCAGAAAAAAUACCCAAGACAAACAGUUUUCAGGAAUUUCACCUUUCCAGCCCAUGCGUCCAGGUAUGGGCAAAGGAGCAAUUUCAGGAGGACAAACAUUAAGCCCAGAACCUGAAAGAAGACCACGGAAGAUCUCAGCACCUCCUCGUAUUGGUGUAGCAGAUUUCUCCAGCAAACCAGCAACUUUAGUAAAGCAGUUUUCUACACCAACAUCUCCUACUGACUGGCUACAUUCGAGGGACAGACCCCCAUACAAGACCAAUGACAUAGUUAUAGCCACAUCGAAUUUUCAGGGAAUGGCUCCCGGUGGCAGACCAAGUCUUAACCUUGCUGUUGGUGAUGAAGUAGAAGUAAUGAACCAGUCUGAUCCAGAAUGGUGGGAAGGACGAUCAUCUCGAACUGGUUCUGUGGGAUAUUUCCUGCGAAGUCAUGUUGCUGAAAAGGAAGAAAAUACUGACAGAAAUAGAAGGAAAAGCCAGAGAUCUUCAAAACGUGGUCAUAAGUAUGAGGAACAUACCUUAAUGGAAGAGACUCCAGAAAAUAUUUCGGCUGCACCUGAGGAUAUGAAUGCAGAAUUAUUGCAGUAUGCCUGGUUUGUUGGUAAGAUGGAUCGUGCAACUGCUGAAAGAGAAUUAAGUCAAAGGUCUGACGGAACUUUCUUGGUGAGGGAAAGUGUUAACCGUGAGGGUGAAUAUGCAUUAAGUGUUAGAUUUCGUGUAUCAACUAAGCACAUCAAAAUUCCUUAUGAUGGGUCUUUCUGUCUUACACAAGCCAAGGUUUUUACCAGCAUCACGGAAUUAAUCCAGUAUUAUCGGGAUAAUACCCUUGGAGUUAGUUUUCCUGGUCUCGAUACAACUUUACGAUGUGGGAUUAAUGAAGAAUUAGAACAGGAAGGGCUUGGAUGGGCAAAAGCAUUGUAUCCAUACACUGCAAGAAAUUCCAAAGAAAUUUCUAUUCAAAAAAACUCAAAAAUUCUAAUCCUAAAUAAAGAUGGUGACUGGUGGAAAGGUGAAUGUGAUGGCCAGGUUGGAUAUUUCCCAUCCAAUUAUGUUGAAGAAAUAAAAGAAUAAAAUAUAGGAACCUACUACAAAGUAAACAAAAGUUUUUAUUUGGAGUACCGAGUCAAGUAGUCAAGAAUAUUUUGGUGAAGUUGUGGAAAUAUUCUUUUUGAAAUCCUCAUUAUUUCUGAACUAUAUCUCUGCAGUGUGCAAAUGUGAUGUCAUAGUUUAUUUCCAAUGUGCAUCACGAUUAUCACAUUAAAUAAAUGCCUAGGGGAGAGGUCCAUAGGCUAUUGUAAAAAUAAUCAUUAUACAAAAGAAAAAAUGAUUUUUCAAGAAAAUAAUAUUAUUAAUAGUAUCAAAGUCUCUAUAAAACAUUGUAAAAUCAUGAAAUAUUAUUAUAAUUAUGAAAUGUUCAGGUAAAUGUAAAAAGCUUUGGAUUUUAUCGUUUUUCAUUCAUGAACUCAAAAAUUUGUUUCAAAUUGCCCUAUUUCAUAAUGAUGUCACAUCAAAACAGUCUUUUGUUUUAACGCAAAGGAUCAUGGUCCCCAGAGGGGGACAGAAUGACAACAACACAAAGAAAAAAAACACAAUACAUUGCAUUUACAAAACAGAAAAGGGAGGAAUAACAACAAAGUACUAUUAAUAUCGAAGGAUCUUGAUCUUGAAACAUAACAUAUAUGGAAACUGGACAAUUUGAAGCCAAAAUUUCGGUGAGAAAGAAGAUUUUGUCAAAUUCCCUUUGUUCUUGGUGAUUCUGUCCCCCUUGUAAACAAACUGUGACGUCAAUAUGAAAUAGGGCAAUUGAAAGAAGAAUUUAAAUUGCAUUUUACUCCCAUGUCUACUGAUUUAGAAGUUUUACUGUAAAGGGGCCAACGAGGGGGAGGGGCUGGGGGGCUGUAGCCCCCCCACUUUUUUCCCAGAUUGUGAAAGUAAGCAAGCUAGUCCUUGUAAAUCCAUAACCAGUGCAUCUGGAGAAAGACCAUUUUCAGCAGCUUAACGAUUAAAGACAUGGCUGAGAACAUGACCCAGAAACGA